UGUCAAACCGGAUCAAAGUUUUGUCUCAGUUUCAUUCAGCUUUUUUUUCGCCCUACUCGAUAAUGCUCCUAAAUGUUGUGGAUCAUUUAAAAAAGUCCAAGGAUCUGACGGUGUUUGAUGAAAAUACGAAAAAAAAAAAUACGGAAUUUUAGUGAAAUCCUAUCAAAUCUUAGGAAUUCUUUAAAAGUUAGAUGAAAACUAGUAGUAGCAGCAGAUAGAGCUUGAGAACCCGAGCGAAAUCGACACAAAAGCUUGACGGAAUUUCACAGAUUUCGACACCGAAAAUCUAAAGCUUUUCUGAGGGAGACACCAAAUCUAAACUGAGUCAAACCGCAGUCGGCAACAGUUGAUUUCAAUCAAACCAGCGGUAGCAAUGACAGGUCACUAAUGCAGGCCUCGCAGCCGUAUUACUUUCCUGAUUUUUUCCUGGCUUUUUAGAAAUGUCCUGAUUUUCCUGAUUUCGAUGCAAAAUCCUGAUUUUCUCCUGAUUUUUUAAUGAUUUAUUCCUAUAGGGCUAUAACUAAACGGUUAUAAUUCAUUCUUUUAUUAUCAUCAACUUAUUUUUCAAACUUCAUCUAAAAAUAUCUGUAGGCUAACUUAAAACAGAAAUAAAGAUGAUAUUCAAAUAAUAGUUAAUUCAGCCACUCUUUUUUUGUUGUUUUUGUAAUCAGUGUAGGUUUUCAACAUUCUCAAACAAUUGAGUUUUCAAUAUAUAGUUAGCUCAGCAUUAGCAAUCAGAGAUGUGUACCGUGUCUAAAACACUAGAUGAGUGCAGUACGAAGGUCGAUAAUGGUCACGAAACAUCGGUGAAGUCGACCAUUGCCCUAAAAUCUUUUCGCUCGACGGUCGCAUCUCACAUCAAGUGGAAAUUCUUUCCCGAUAAUUUUCUGUAUGCGUUGCGCUAUUAUAUUUCUUGAAAAUAGUGUUUCAUUUCCGAACACUCACGUAGCGACAACAAUAUAGAUUUUAAAACACCACAAAUGAACAUUUGAUUAAAAACUAUGUAUACACAGGUAUAAUAGAUAGCAUAUAAUGAAUGGACCUUUCUUCCUCUGUAUUUUCGAGAACCUUAAGAAGUUUCUAGAAACACGACUUUUAAAGAAAAAAACAUAGAAUAUUUUGCUUUACAAGAAUAUUAAAUUCGUAGACAAAAAAAAUAUUGUUUUCAUAUGUAAACAUACUAAACAGAAAAAAGUAUGAAAAUCAGUAGUGCCCCUUUAAUAGAAUAGAACUGAUUCUAAUAGUUGAUUUUGAACACUUUCAUUGAUCGAUUUGUCAACGUCAAAGCUUUAUCUGUGAAUCAAAAUUUUCUACAAGACUGAUUAUCUUGUUCAAAGUAAAUUUCCAGCUUGAAAAAAUUAAAUUCAUAGAAGAAAUUUGGUUGGAACAGUUAAAUGAUAACUGUGAUAAGGAAAGAAAAAGAAAUCACGUCAUCGAAUGACGAAAGAAAAAGGUGCAGUGCGUAUUGAAUAUAAUAUUAGAUGGAAAUAUUUGUUCGAACUACAUUGAAGCUUGUAUUGAACACAAAAUAAAAAGACAAUCGUUAUAUAUAAAUAUAUAUCAGUUCAGAAUGCAUUAAAAAAUGGAUUGCAAACAAAAUCUUAUUUUCUGCUAAAUUCGUUUUCUUAUUGAUGAACCUUAAAAUAAACAAACUUCUCAAUUCACUUUAUAUACCUAUAAAGCGCAAAUUGUGUUCGCAAAUGUAUCCGACUAGAAAAAUAUGUUAACUAACCCUUUCAGACCCGUCAUGCUAAAUAUAGUGCGAUUUUUAAAGUUUUAUAAUCCUUGAAUAACUCGCUAAUGCAAAAAAGAUAUGAAGAAAAUGUUUUUCUAUUACAUAGAGGAGGUUUCAGUGUACGUAUCUAUAAAAGAGUUAUGACUCUGAUAAGGCCACUAAGGUAGUAAGCCUGAUGGUACUUUGCAGAACCGUUUCCAUUCUAAAAAUGAAGACGGACAAUGUCCUUUUGUGGCUCGCGAAACGGUUUGAUUUUUACUGCUAAAAUUAAGUUAGGAGUGACUCCUAGUGAUGUUCCAAGUUUUGAUUUGUAGAUAAGUCUCAAUCGAAUUUUAUCCCAUACCCGUACUCCUCUAUGGAAAUGAGCAAAGUAUUCCAUCAUCAUUGGCGAGCAAAGACCAAAAAUGAUUUUAAAAGUUUUACAAAAAAGUUUUGAUGAAAAUAGCAACAAUGUAUAAUAUGCAUCUUAUAUAUAAAAUCUCAAUGGAAUUGUAUCUAUUGGUUUAGCUAUGACCCUGGAAGAGUUAACCGUAGUAGCUCCCUAAACGUUUAUGCAAAUUUGAUUCUGAAAAUCGCUAUCAAAAUGAAUUCCACUUUUCCUGAUUUUUUUAUAAAUUCCUGAUUUUUAUUAAAAAUUUUCCUGUCUGCUUUCCUGAUUUUUGGAUAUACGCCGCUGCGACCCCUGCUAAUGGGAAUCACAGAAAAUAUAUGGUAAUCAAUGACGAUCAACAAAAAUAAAUAGAUACCCGACAAAAUGUUCAUUAUAUAUCAGAGAAAAAGUGUGUCUUCAAUAGAAACGAUCUGUAAGCCCAUACGAUGCGUAUGAGAUGGACUAUACUGACCAUUCUGAUGGACCAUUCCGUUGGAUUCUGAUUUCAUCCAUUUAUUUAUGAGUGACCUACGAUUACUGAUGAAAAAUGAAUCAUGGUCGAUUAAGAAUAAUGAGUCUGGUCCUUAUACCCAAACUGCCAAGCUUCUGUUCUUUUGUAGUGUAUCGGUGAGAGUCGAUUCCACAUUUACUAAAAAUAAACGUACUUCAAAUUCACUGAUCCUUUGAAACCAUGCCACAGCAGUUUACAGGAAUCUGACUCACCGUCAGGUCUACAAAGGAGGGGAGUUGAUAAGCAAUGAAAUCGGCCCCCUCGAGAAUCCUCGAUUUUUGUCUUACGAAAUAGUCACAUUAGGUCUUAGAAAUUCUUUACCACAGAAAUCAGAUCGAUAGUAUGUGAUUUAACUGGCUACGACCCUGGGGUUAUAUAUCCAUAUAAGACGUUAUCACUUAUCGGGGUCGGUGUGGGUGUGGGUGUGGGUGGAUGUAGGUGUGGAUGUUAUUAUUUUUUUGACCGACACCCACACCCACACCUUCAUGACAUGAAGAUGCACUGUUGAUUUGAUUAUUACUUUUAUUCAAUAUAUUGUAACAACGUACAAUAUACAGCGUUUUUUGUAUUCAAAAUGGUAUCGACCGAGAUGCAUUUAUUAUCAUUUGUUUGAGGAAUGACGUGAAAAAGACCUCCUACCUAUUAGAUAAAUGCAAUGAUAAAUAAAACAAGCCAUUUUAUCUGAGAUUUUUGUUUCGUUUGAAUACAAAUCUCAUUUCAUUCUUUCCCGUUAAACAUCUCUGAAAGAUGAUAUCAAAACAAAAAACUAUUUUUGUUCUGUUAUUGUUAGUAGGAGAACUUGUUUGGCAAAUCGAUGGUUGCACAGACAAUGAGACUUUGACAUUGAAAAAUGAUGGCUACCAAUAUGCCCGUGGUAAAGAUCCAUUGAUAUCAGCUUUGUAUCGAGAAUGGUGGUUCUUUACACUGUAUGAUAUACAAAUUGAUAUUGGAUUUUGCAUAGGCUACGCUGUCUCAGAUCCAGCGAAAAUAUUUGGUGAACAGGGAGCUGCAGUUGGUGGAAUGUUGUGGACUUCAGUAACAAACAAUACCGGACAAGACUCGAUCGAUGUUUCGGACGUAUAUAACUAUGAACAAUUUUCUGCUCACAAGGAAAACGCAACUGUGACAAUUGACCAAAAUUUCAUCAAAGUUUUAGAUGAAACAACAUAUCAAGUCGUUGGUAGUUCGCGUAAUGAACAAAUACGUUGGUCGUUGACAUUCAAACAAUAUUCCUAUGCGUGUAGACAAAAAGAAGAUGUGCCAGAAUUAUUAGAUUUGGAUUGGAUCUCAUAUAUGCCUAGUGCACGUGUAGUCGGAGUUAUUCAAUACAAUAAUCAAAACUUUACAAUCAAUACUACUGGUUAUCACGAUCACAACUAUGGUGCAUGGCCAACAGAUCUUUUUAAUUGGAUUUGGUCACAAUUUCAUCGUAUUGACAAAGAAUUUUCAUUUGUUUUAGGUGCUUAUCAUAUCCCAUUGACUGAAGAUGAUUAUGUUGGAUAUAUAUUUAUUCGAUAUCGCGGUCAAAGAAUUAAAAUUGGAACAUUAUGUGGAAACCAAUUUCAUUUAAAACCAUUAGAAUGGAAGAUUAUCGAUGGAAAAAAAUAUUCCAUUCAUACGAAAGUAGAAACAUCAGACGAUAAUUACAAAAUCGAUAUCGAAUAUAAAGCAAGAGUGAAUAACAAAAAUCCCGGUGAUCGUGGUUUAGGACUCAAAGUUUUCGAGCAAAUUUCAUAUUAUCAAGUUUCUUUCUAUCAGAAGCAGGGACAAGAUUGGUUACCUCUUGAAGAAAAUCUAACCGGUUACGGAUUCAGCGAAUGGAGUCAUACAAAUCUUUGA